AUGUCCACAUACGAUGAAGUUGAAAUCGAAGACAUGACCUUCGAUGCAGACACGCAGAUAUUUACGUACCCAUGUCCAUGUGGUGACAGAUUUCAGAUAUCUAUUGAUGAUAUGUACGAUGGAGAAGAUAUUGCGGUUUGUCCUAGUUGUUCUCUCAUGAUUCAAGUCAUCUUUGACAAAGAGGACUUGAUUGAGUAUUACAAAGAAGCAAAUCUGGAACCGCCAGAGCCUAUUGCUGUGGCUGCUUAA